CGCUUUUCAAGGACCAUGCUAUCCAGUAUAACAGCCGUGUCUUAUACUAGGUUUACAAACACACUGUGUUCUCCUCAUCACCCAGGUUUCAGUCGUCAGAUAGUGGCGCUUUUCAAGGACCAUGCUAUCCAGUUCAGCAGUUUUGACAUCCUGUCAGACGAGGAAGUGAGAGGGGGGCUGAAGACCUUCUCCAACUGGCCCACCUACCCUCAGGUUUACGUUAACGGAGAACUCGUAGGGGGACUGGACAUUGUCAAGGAACUAGCGGAAUCUGGAGAGCUGGAGAAUACCUGUCCCAAGGCUGUCACACUGGAGCACAGGUUGAAGUCGACCAUCAACAGGAGUCCAGUCAUGCUGUUCAUGAAGGGCAAUAAAGAGCAAGCCAAGUGUGGAUUCAGUCUUCAGAUACUGGAGAUAAUGAACAGCUCGGGGGUGGAAUAUAGCACCUUUGAUAUCCUGGAAGAUGAAGAGGUUAGACAGGGUCUAAAGACAUACUCAAACUGGCCAACGUACCCUCAGCUAUACGUCAACGGGGAGCUCAUUGGCGGGCUGGACAUUGUGAAGGAACUUAAAGACAGUGGAGACCUUUCUUCUGUCCUGAGGGGUGAAUGCUAGAUUCCUGUAGUACUGUUACUGUGAUGGGAAUGAGCUAUGGACUUACUGCACUCUUCCUUCCCCUCUCUACCCUCUCUACCCUCCUCUUCCUCUCUCUAUCCUCCCCUUCCCCUCUUCUCUUCCCCUCUCUACCCUCCUCUUCCUCUCUCUACCCUCUUCUUCCCCUCUCUACCCUCUUCUUCCCCUCUCUACCCUCUUCUUCCUCUCUCUACCCUCUUCUUCCUCUCUCUACCCUCUUCUUCCUCUCUCUACCCUCUUCUUCCCCUCUCUACCCUCUUCUUCCCCUCUCUACCCUCUUCUUCCCCUCUCUAUCCUCUUCUUCCUCUCUCUACCCUCUUCUUCCUCUCUCUAACCUCUUCUUCCUCUCUCUACCCUCUUCUUCCUCUCUCUACCCUCUUCUUCAUCUCUCUACCCUCUUCUUCCUCUCUCUACCCUCUUCCUCCUCUCUCUACCCUCUUCUCUACCCUCUUCCCUCUUCUCUCCCCCUCUCUGAAAUACAUUAUAUUAUCCAUCCAUUGAUGUUUCUGAACAUAGCACAGGUGUCCAAAUGAACCUGAUUGAUCAAACUGCAUUCUGCUACCAGCUGCAAAUAUAAUAAAUCAAAUCCAUGAUGCUGCCUGA